AGGCAGGGCAUCCUCAUCACGUGCAACAUGAACGAGCGCAAGUGCGUGGCGGAGGCCUACAGCCUGCUGGGCGAGUACGGCGAGCAGCUCUACGGGCCCGAGAAGUUCUCAGAUCAAGAUGACAAGCUGUCAGGAAGUGAAGAGGAAGAGGAUGAUGUUGAAGCUGCCUUAAAGAAAGAAAUCGAUCAGAUUCGUACUUCAACAGAACAGAAGCUGAGACGAUUCCAGUCAGUAGAGAGUGGAGCUAACAACGUGGUCUUUAUUAGGACCCUGGGCAUAGAGCCUGAGAAGCUGGUGCAUCAUAUAUUAAAAGACAUGCACACUACUAAAAAGAAGAAAACAAGAGUUAUUCUGCGCAUGCUGCCCAUUUCUGGAACCUGCAAGGCUUUUUUGGAGGAUAUGAAAAAAUACACGGAGACCUUUUUUGAGCCUUGGUUUAAAGCCCCUAAUAAAGGGACUUUUCAGAUUGUGUACAAAGCUCGUAAUAAUAGUCAUAUGAGUAGGGAAGAAGUAAUCAAAGAACUGGCAGGAAUAGUGGGCAGCCUAAAUCCAGAAAACAAAGUGGAUCUUAAUAACCCAGAGUAUACCAUUGUGGUAGAAAUAAUAAAAACCGUCUGUUGCUUGAGUGUGGUGAAAGACUAUGUUCUGUUCAGAAAAUACAACCUGCAAGAGGUGGUGAAGACCAACAAGGAGGAGGGGCAGCAAAACCUGUCAAGUGUCACAGAAGAGGAGAGCUCAAAAGAAAUAAAAUCAGCUGAGGACUCAAAUGAAUUGAAAUCAGGAGACAGACUUCAAAGUGAAGAAGAGAACAUUGAACACCUUCAGCUCAGGACAAGGAUUUCCAUUCUUACUGAUAAGCGUGGCACCAAACCCGAGAGCACAACAAUCCACAAACUUGGCAGAAGUUUGUAGCACAGACCCUUGACAACUAACAUCACAAACCUUUUGCUGCAGGUGGUGGAGGCAGAAUAUUGCAGCUUUCAUCGAUGAUCUACCACAAGAGACGAAACAUUUUGUUUGAUUGACCAUCAUGUUUCCUUUUCUUAAAAUAAAGACUCGAUUACAACAACCACCGCCUCCAAC